AUGUUGCGACCUGCGGUGUCCUCAUACUCACAAUUGAUUCUAGCUCAAGUUGUAACCAUGGAAGCUGUACGUGAGAUGAUCGGAAAACCCAAAGAUAAAGGGAAACAGUCGAAAAGUGACGACGACUCGAGCUUCAGUCCAAAAAGCGGUACGGCAUACCGCUCAUCAGAAGCUCGUGGUGAACCUGACAUCGGCACCACGAGCUACUCACGUGAUGAUCGAGAGAACCGCCACCUACACGAACCAGUUGCAUCAUCUCGUGAUAGCGGGAGUAGAGGCUACUCAAGAGGAACAAGCGGAAGUCCGGGUCUGGGCGGUGAACGAAGCGGAUCGGGCUAUACUGGUGACUCUAAUUAUGAAAAUAAAGCUGGCUACUCAAACAUGGGCGGGUCUGACAAUGACACUUAUAGUGGUGGCUCAAGCGACCACUCUGGGCGUCGCUAUCAAUCUGAGCAAGAAUAUUCGCGCCGAUCAGAUGAGGAUGACUAA